CCCCGCAGAGGCUGGUCAUGCUGGGCCGUACAAUCACAUGUUGUAGAGCUUUGGCCUCAGUAACCUUUGGGAACUUGUUUCAUUUCCAAUCGAAAGGAAUAAUAGCAUUUCCCAUCCAAACAAGAUUUCAGAAUCAAAAUAUAGGGAAGAGAAUGGCAUCUGGUGGACAACAGUUCCCACCCCAAAAGCAAGAGAGCCAACCAGGGAACGAGCAUGCUAUGGACCCCACUCCACAGUCCACCAGCCUUGAAUACAGGCCCUCUGGCAAACUUGAGGGGAAGGUGGCCCUAGUGACUGGUGGUGAUUCAGGGAUCGGGAGGGCCGUGUGCCAUUGCUUUGCGCUCGAGGGAGCGAAGGUAGCAUUCACAUAUGUGAAGUCUGAGGAAGACAAGGAUGCGACCGACACCCUCUGCAUGCUCAUGCAAGUGAAGAAUAAUGACCGGGAUGUGCUGGCCCUACCGGCCGAUCUUGGCUUCAAUGAGAAUUGUAAGCGGGUCGUCGACGAGGUUGAUAAUAUGUUUGGUCGGAUUGAUAUUCUAGUGGACAAUGCCGCUGAGCAAUAUCGAUCGAGCAGCAUCGAGGAGAUCACUGAAGUAAGGCUUGAAAGGGUGUUUAGGACUAAUAUCUUCUCUUACUUCUUCAUGGUCAGGCAUGCACUCAAGCUCAUGAGAGAAGGGAGUAGCAUCAUCAACACGACGUCGGUGACUGCAUACAAGGGUAGCCCGGAGCUCCUCGACUACUCGUCGACCAAAGGAGCGAUCAUAGCGUUCACGAGGGGGCUUGCGCUGCAGCUGGUGAAGAAGGGCAUACGUGUUAAUGGGGUGGCGCCGGGGCCCGUGUGGACCCCACUUAUUCCAGCCUCAUUUAGUAAGGAGAAGGUGAAGAUCUUUGGGACAGAGGUGCCGAUGGGAAGGGCUGCGCAGCUGGAAGAGAUUGCGCCGUCCUACGUCUUCCUCGCCUCCAGUGAUUCAUCUUACUACACUGGCCAGGUCCUCCACCCAAAUGGUGGGACCAUAGUGAACGGCUAGUGUGGGAUCUCAAGUGGGCCAUCCUUCUAUGUAUCCGUUUGGAUUGUUGUAUGUAGUAGAUUUCUCAUGUUAUCAAAAGGUCUUUUGCGAGAAGCUAGCUUGAUGUGAAAAAGUAAUGUUCGUACAUAUAAUAAAGCACUUGCAUAAGAACCAUGUAUUUGAAUGUGAAGCUAUUGCGUGGUCCACCAAAGGCAUGCACAUUAGGGCCA